AUGGGCUCUAGGGCCCAGGCCCUCCUUGAGACUGAGGUGGGCGAACUUCGUGAGGAGGUUGACGAGCUGAGGGCCAAGUGCGGCGACUUCGCCCAGAGCUGCGUGACCUCCGAUCUUUGGAUUCAUACAGUGGCAGUCGAGGACAUCUUCAACGAUCUCCUGGCCAAUCUUCACCUGCUGCUCUUGUCUUUGAGAGAGCUCCUUGAGUGGCUGAGACCAACGGCCCUGUCACUCCUUCCAACCCAGGCCUGGAUUGAGAGAGAAGAGAUCUGCGACCGAAUUGGUCAUUUCCUUUCUCAGUGCUUGCAAGGAGCACAUCGAGGCUCCAGUGGUCGUGAGCUGCUGCCCAACUCGAACAGGAUCUGGAUUGUGGUGCGCGACUUUGAGGGCCUGAUCUACACGCCAGUGCGGGUGUUCAGAAAUUGGACACCAGCGAAGUGGCUUGUGAAGCCCAACAACGGCAACCCCGCGGCCCGGGGACAGCAUCUUCGUUGGGUUGCCAUCGGGGCGAGAAGCCAGGCGCGUUGUGCAUCUGGUGCAAAUUGCCUGGCCCGCGGUGCGGUUGAGGCUGAGUAUCCCAUCUGCCUUUGGGUGGUUGACCCUGAGGCGCAUUUUUCCUGCUACCGCCCUUUCAAAACCUAUACGCUUAUUGGGGUUCAAGCUGCCGACCCGGACGAUCGCUUUGCGGUGGUUGAAGACGAUCAGGUGAAGCUAUGGGUUGGGUUCCUACGCCACGAGUAUGUCCAGCAGCUGGAGAUUGUGGACGAGGCGGGUUACGAGUUCUACUUCGAGCAAGUUUCUCGAAGCCUCGCUAGCUGCCAUCUCUCAGGACAUCAAGAAGAUAGCCGGGGGGCGUGUGCGAAAAGUGUUCCCAAGCGGAAGGCAAAGGCCAAAACCUCUGCGUUGAAGGCCUCAGAUGUUCCUGGUGGCAAGACAUCUGCAUCAUCAGACCCGAUGAGCAAAUUUCCUCUUCUGGUUGCGGCCCUGCAAGCCGGAAUGCCCGAGACCAACUUGGAGCAGAUGCAGCGUCUCCUCUCGAGGGGAAAGCCUGGGACAAAGGUGAAGAAUUUGAACUUGAAGGCCCAGCCGGACUACCUGUCCGAAGGCGAAGCGGCUUGCGAAGCAGCAGCAGGCGAAGAAUUUGGUUGGGAUCAGCCGCAAGACCUUAGCUUCUGUCAGCAUGCGGGAUGUGCGAGGCAUGAGCGUCUCAACGUAGCCAAAUGCGCCAAGACUGGCUCUUUGCGUAGCCGCGUCCAGCGUGAAGGCACCUUGUCGGCAACUGAGCUGCUUACUGCUCAGACCUUGCAGCUUGAAGCCAAGCAGUUAGAGCCAGAGCUGUUUUGCAAGUGGCGCAGCGAGCAUCUGAAGGAUGUUGACCUGGCGGCCCUCUUUGCUACCGUGCCUCUUUUCCUUUGUCAUGCUUUGGUGAGGUGCGCUGAUGAGCUUUUUGUUUCUGGAGGAGCUUUGAGCAAUCUGAGGCACCUAAUCUUAGCCUCCCAGUGGUGGAUUCCUGCGGCUAGGCCGAUGAUGCAACCAGCUUGGGAAAUGGUCGAACGAUGUGAGAGUUUGGUGCCCGUGCGUCAUCGCACCCUUGUUCCAGAAGCUUUAGUUCAGAGUCUCUGCGUUUUGUCAUGGCAGAUGAAGCGGUACGCUUGGGUUGGAGCAACAAUCCUUGCUUUCUAUGGUGCUGGGCAUCUUGGUGAGAUACUUCGAUGCUGCAGGGAGGACCUUGUGUUGCCCGAUGACGUGGUAGAGCCAUCUGGCAGUCCUGUCUUCCUUCGUUUGCGAAACUUCUAG